AUGUAUCUAUCGACGACGCUUUUCAUAAUCUACGGCCUUCCGUCGCUCUUUUUGAUCAUCUCUUUCAUUUUCCUGUUAUCCAGUUCUUCCAAAUUCAAAUAUUCGUUCUACCGGGUCGUCCAGCUCGAUUUGUUGAUUGUAAGUGCAGCGAAAAGAAAUUUUCCGAAGAAAGUUCACUUUUAAUCAAGAUAGCUUGUUAUGGUUUGCAAGUGCGCUCCAAUGAAAAAUUUUUUUGGUUGGCCUGUCACGUUUUUUCGGCUGCUUAACAUUAGAGCCUACUUCUAUGGCCUGAGAAACUAACUCAAAAUGAAAAGAACUGAUUCCAAUAAAUAACUUUUUAAGAAUGUAUUUUGCUAUUCGAAUACCUGGAUUGCGAUCCGAUUGAUGAUGGAUCCGGCCGGCAAAGAUAUCCUCGUUUGGCUCUACAAAAACAUCAACUUCCUGUACCGCUUGUCACACUUUUUAGUCGUUUGGUGAGUCAAGGAUAAAGAAAAAUAGGACAAGGUCCUGUGAGCUUUCGAAGGCUAGUAGUUUUUUGACGAUGAUCCUUUUUUGUAGGUUCUUCCACGCUCAAAGCGUCAGCACACUGCUCAUCUGCACCCACCGACUCACGACGGCUCUUUUCGAACGCUCCAACGACGUUUGAAAAAGAAAAACUCCGAAAAAAAGACACGAAAGUUCAGUUCUGGCGUCGGUACACCCCGCUCGUGUACCUCGGAGCAUUUGUGUACUGCUCGGGGGUCCUCAGUCGAUGGUGGCUCUUCGGAGACAACUACGUCCAGUAUAAACUCGUCAAUGAAACUCUGAUCCCCGUGUAUGAUCAGGUAACGAAAAAGCCGGCCUUCAGGGGGGACAUGAAUGAGUUCAGACCUCUGCCUCGGCUUUGGCAAGUAUCACUUUGGCCUUCAGUGUCAUCUACUUCGUCAUGAUCAGUUUGACUGGAGCGGCAACAGUCAUCGUCAUUAGUCGGCGGUUCGGCAGUGAGUUGAGAAUAUUGGACCGAAAAGAGGAGUUUGUAGGACUUGGGCCAACUGAAGAAACGCCUGAGUCAUCAAUUUUUCUUUUGUCUCACCUGCUCGUUGCUUUUUUUAGGAACUUCACCUGUAGGAGCGACCUUAAGGACCCUCGAAGGUUCCCCUCUAGAGACCACUUUAGCACCACCCCUAUAGAGGCCACUAGAGGUUGCGAAAGUGGCCCCUUUAGGAGACAUGCCAUGAGAAGAAGCAAUUCCAUGCUAAAACCUAAUAAAUUAGCGUUUAUGGAAUGUAAAAUAUCAAAAGGUGAUAAUUUGUUCAAGUUGUCUUUUUAACUUUGAAUUCGUAACACAAAUGUAAAGACCCCUAUAUGGGCCUCUUGUGCUUUAGAGACUUAGGGAUACCCUGAACCCUAUCAGAAUCACUUAAAUUUUAACCCUAUAAGCGACAGUUUUUUGUCCCCUCUCACCCCCAGAGGGACUACCAUGUCCCCUGUUAGAGUUUGAAAAUUUUUCCUGAAGAGAAAUAAUCAUGAAAUGGACUUCAAUUAGACCUACCUCUGCAUUAAAAACAAACAAAAUGAAAAGCACCAAAAGUCGUUAUUUCCAGGCCAAGCGAGCUCUUUGACCAAAAAAAUGACACGAAUCGCUCUUGUACACACGGCGAUUUACACGGGACUUCUAGCCUAUUUGGUGAGUCGAAAUAAAUUCGUCAAUUGUCAAGCUAUCUUGUUCAGCUUCUCAAUCAAAUCUCGUCACUUUACGCUGUUAAAUUAGUACCAAACGAAGUUCAGUGGAUGUUGCAGCUCUGCGCUUCGGACACAGUAAGAAUUGCUAUUUGAAGAGAAAUUCCAUGAUAAACCUUCAGAUCACACUAUCAAUGCCCUAUAUACUAAUGAUUUGCGACCGAAACGUUCGCGAUUUCGCUCUUCUUCAGAAAACGAGCCAAUUCUCGAAAACCACACAAGUACAAUCGACCACGAAAACAGUACAAAUCGAAUGA